AUGGGCCAGACGAAACCAACAACCUCUAUGUCGACCCCGAGUUCGUCAAAACAGGACCUAUUCGAGCAAGCCUCCUACCAGACAGUCGCAAGGGCUUUAGCAAAAGCGAAAUUCACCAAGAACGAUUUCAACCACCUACGACGAUUCCGAGUCUUUCUACUACAGAACCCAACCUUCAGACACAAGAAACGACUCCUCGCUGAACCAGGCGUACUCGAAGACCUAACCGAGCUCUCCUACUGGGAAAUAGACGAAUUCAACGCCUUCUACAGAGACGUGGCACCAAGCACAGAACAACCACCAUAUCACUGGAACGCCACGGAUCCAUACGCCAUCGGACAAGCCUGGGAGACUACCAAAAAGAUCAUUAAGAGAGCCAGACGCGAAGGAGCGCUGCCACCCGACGACGAACUCUUAGUCUACGCUUCAUCGACGGAUACGACACUCGAGCCGUCAGGACCGACAACUGAGGCAUCGAAUAUGGAUCCUUCGCAGGAAAAAGGAAAAGAACCGGAACUAGCAGCGUCGACGGCACUGGGGAAGCGAAAGACCCCGAAUCGACCAGCGCUAUCAGACCCGAUACAAAGCCUCGGUCCUAACACCCCUGACGCCGACUACCUCACCGCUUCGACCUUCCGUCUCUCGCCGAAUCCGACGCUAGGACGUCAGAACCAUCCUCGCGUCCACCAACCAAGCGCGCGAACGGAAGCACCGGAAAUUACGGAUCCGACAGCUCGACCCCCGGUUCCCAGCAUAAACCAGUCAGACCCAACCGCGGGAGGCCAUUACGGUGAGGCGAACGCCGGUUCCGGAAGAAACGAGAUUAGAAAUAGAAGACUCUUACCGGCGAUCCCCGACGGCAAGGCGGAUGAUCGACCUCCUCGAGCGAAACUACGGAUUGAAGCUGGAGGAUAUGGGACUCGCUGGCGUAUAAGCAGGUCCCGAUGGAAUGCAACCCUAAGCCUAUCCUCCGCAACCGGCCUAGCAUCCGGCCCAGCAACCGGCUCAGCACCCAGUCCCGCAGCACUGGAUGCCAGAACCAACGAGCAGAAUCCAAUAUUCGGCACCAGCACCGUCGAUACCACCAUAGCAGAACUCGUCAGGGCAAUUCCAAGGAUGGAAUGGAACACACUCUCAGGCGCAGCAUCCGACCCUCCACGCGACGCAUCCAACCCAGCCGCCAUACGCCCCCUAUCCCGCUAUGGCCUCGACUCCACCAUAUCAGGAGCCUCACCGAGGAAAUUAACUCCCCCUACGACCGAGUGGGGCAGGAUAGCCACGGAUGACGGAACCACCAAUGGAGCCGUUCACGUCAUCUACCGCAAGACGCUUACUUAUGGGUUGACUCAGUCAAAUCCCACCUCGAAGGAAGUAGCCCUCAGACGUAGAAAGCGACCGACUGCUAUGAGAUUUCUCCGCAAGAAUCUUCGACGUAUCCAAAGUAGUGGGAAAGGCCAUAGACCUCGAGCUGCUUACCCGCUUUUACGCUAA